AAGCUUUAUUUUGCUUGUAUGUUAAAUUGAACCUUUAAGACCUUGUAAAUAGCUGAAAUUAUUAUUAAAAAAAAAAAGAAAAAGGAUGUUUGGGUAAAUAAGUACUGGAUUCGUAAUGUUAAGUUGGACUAUGACAACUGUGAUGGAGUUGCUACGGGAUACGGGAUGUGAUAUGGGAUGCCAAAAGCGCUGCACAUGCAAAGAUCAGUUUAUUAAACAGUGAUGUUGCCUAUCAUCUAGAUUUAGAUGUAAUUACUAUAAAGGUUGAUAUAAAAUGUAAUGGUUGUGUUUAUUUCUCUGUGGAUGACCUGGGUUGUGUUGAUGGUGUUUUUUUUGUUUUUUUCCGGUGGUCUUCGGGUCUGGUCAGUUGGAUUUUUGGUGUCAGAACAGGAAUCAGUUUUCUUGACUUAUAUGAUAACUUCCUGCUUGUUAUUUAACUGUGCCCAAACUAGUGUCGGACUAGUGCUAGUGUCUUACUUCUCUGUGUCCAUGUAUGUGUUUAGUGUUCUGAAUUAUUAUGUUAUUAUAUCAAAUAUAUUUUCACCAACUCCUGCUUUCUCCAAUUGAAAAAAAUAAAUAAAUAAAAUGAACACAGCAUAUGAUAUUGACAUGAAAUGUAAUAUUUUCUCUGUUUGUAAAUUUAAGAAUCAGUGCUUUUUUAUGUUAAUUUUGUUUUAUUUAAUAUUUUAAAAUCGACUCUAAAAUAAUUUCAUAGCCAGUUCUAUGAUAGAGGGACUAUAAAAGAGAAAUUACCGCAAAACAUAUACCAUUGACCAGAAAUACACCGAUCAGGCAUAACAUUAUGAGCAGUGAGAGGUGAAGUGAAUAAGACUGAUUAUCUCCUCAUCAUGGCACCUGUUAGUGGGUGGGAUAUAUUAAGCAGCAAAUGAACAUUUUGUCCUCAAAGUUGAUGUGUUAGAAGCAGGAAAACUGGACAAGUGUAAGGAUUUGAGUGAGUUUGACGAAGGGACAAUUUGUGAUGGCUAGACGACUGGAUCAGAGCAUCUCCAAAACUGCAGCUCUUGUGGGGUGUUCCCGGUCUGCAGUGGUCAGUAUCUAUCAAAAGUGGUCCAAGGAAGGAACAGUGGUCAUGGACGGCCAAGGCUCCUUGAUGCACGUAGGGAGCGGAGGCUGUGAUCGGCCGUGUGAUCCGAUCCAACAGCUGUAAAUUGCUGAAGAAGUUAAUGCUGGUUCUGAUAGACACCUUUCAGAAUACAGUACGCAGUGCAUGAAAGGGGGACCAACACAGUAUUAGGUCAUAAUGUUAUGCCUGAUCGAUGUAUGUUUUUCUCUGUUCAUGAUUUUACAGUCGUGUUUCAAUUUUUAUUUUAUUUUUAUUUAAGUCCAUUUACAAAAAUGUUUUUACUUCUGGAACAAAACAUGUUACUCAAUGGAAAAUGUAUAUAUUAUAAGUAAACCUUUUAUGUUUUUAUUAUUAUUAUUAUUAGUAGUAGUAGUAGUAGUAGUAUUAGUAUUAUUUUCAUUUUUUAUUUGAAUGCUUGGACACAAGAAAAAGUGCUUUGUACCUAUUAGGUUAUUAUUAUUAUUAUUAUUAUUAUUAUUAUUAUUAUUAUGAAGAUGAUGAUGAUCAUGAUGAUUAUUAUGAUUAUUAUGAUGAAAAUGAUGAUGAUGAAGAUGAUGAAGAUGAAGAUGAUCAUGAUUAUGAUGAUGAUGAUGAUGAUGAUGAUGGUGAUGAAGAUGAUGAUGAAGAAGAAGAUGAUGAUGAUGAUGAUGAUGAUGAAGAUUAUUGUUAUUGUUGUUGUUGUUAUUAUUAUUAUUAUUAUUGUUGAUACUACUACUACUACUAAUAAUAAUAAUAAUCAUCAUUCAAAUUUGUGUAAUUAUUAUUAUGUAAAGUACUUUUUACCUUUUUGUCCCUACUAUAAAAUAAUUGUCUCAUCUUCUCUAUUCAUCCAGCUCCAGAUGAUUUUUUUUUUGUUUGUUUAUGUACAAACAUCUGUAAGUUGAAAUAAAUUUGACUUUAAUGUUGAAGUGUAAUGUCUCUCUCUCUGCUCAUCAACACUGUCAUCAAAUAACAGCUCGCGCACGCUGCUCGGCUGACUGCAGCCUCAACACCAUUGGUCAACAGCGUGAAUAUGUCAGGGAGUGGAUGCAUGUGAUUGGUGGAUGCCGUGAUGACAUCCAAUCACACCAUAGAGGCGGUGCGAAUACCGGAAGUACAAACCCGCGGCAGAGUCCAAGGUCUCAGUGUGGACUGAGAGCAGUGUGGUGGAUGGGGAGGAUGGGGAGGGUUGUCCUGGUGACCGGAGCGAACAGCGGCAUAGGCCUGGCCCUGUGUGAGCGCCUCCUACGUGAAGAUGCUCAGCUGCAGCUGUGUCUAGCCUGCAGGAACGAGCAGCGGGCUGCUGCGGCUCGUCAGUCCUUACUCGUCUCUCACCCUAAAGCUGACAUUUCUCUCCUUCGGCUAGAUGUGGGAAACAUGCGCUCCGUCCUCAGAGCUGCCCAGGAGAUCCGGCAGAGAUACAACAGGCUUGACUACCUCUACCUUAACGCUGGGAUCAUGCCUAGUCCACAGGUGGAUUUCAGGGCUCUCUAUAAAGGCUUGUUUUCUGGUAAAGCAGUCCACAUGUUUUCCACUGGAGAAGGGCUACUGACGCAGAAAGACGACGUCACAUCUGACGGUCUACAACAAGUCUUUGCUACCAACCUGUUCGGCCAUUUCUUACUGGUACGGGAACUGGAGCCCCUGUUAUGCCAACCAGGCCACGGCUCUCGGGUGAUCUGGACCUCGUCUAGCAACGCACGCCGCUCUGCUUUCAGUCUCGAUGACCUGCAGCACCAGCAAGGCGCAGAACCGUACAGCUCCUCUAAAUACGCAUCUGACCUGCUGAGCCUGGCCCUGAACCGCCGCUAUAACAGCCAGGGAAUGUAUUCAUCAGUGAUCUGUCCCGGAUUGGUGAUGACUAACCUCACAUACGGCAUCCUACCCUCCUUCUUCUGGACCUUUAUCAUGCCAAUAAUGUGGCUGAUAAGAAUCUUCACCAACACUUUCACCCUCACGCCUUACAAUGGAGCCGAGGCUUUGUUUUGGCUGUUCAAGCAGAAACCUGAGUCACUGGAUCCGAUGGUCAAAUACCACAGUCUAACCUCCGGACUGGGAAACAAUUACACACAGCCUCGCAAGAUGGAUAUUGACGACGCUACCUCAGCAGCACUUUACAAGAAGCUUCUAGAAAUGGAGAAGACCAUGAGGCAUAGACUGAAAGAUGAAGAAAAGCCAAAAUAAAUGAUGAAGUAUUUAAGCUUUUACGUUGAAAUAGAUCUGCUCAACUACUUUAUUCUUAAGAAACUCUGUUCAGUAUUCUGUAGUUAUUAUAGCUUUUUUAUUUUUCAAGUAUACGGACCAUACACCGCCGUGCCUUAUGUGGUUUAAUUUCAUCCAAACAUUUCAAAAAACAUUCCAGCAAUAAAAUAUUUAGGAAACCUC